AUUGCGUUUAGUGUAAUUCUCUUUUAGUACAACCCUCGGAAUCAAUAGAUAUACUGCAGACCUAAGCGAACCCCAAAGACUGAGCUCUAAGUUAAGUUGGUGCAUCUAUUCUGCGCAGUUCAUUAUUAAUCUAAUUUAUUAUUAACUUUCCACUUGCAAUACCUAGAAAACUGCCCCUUCAUUUCGUAAUUACCUGAUUUGCAUAAUGAGAUUAGCAAAUCUGAUAACGACAGAGAAAUUUUCUAAAUUACUUUCAACGACGAUCAGAAUUAAACAGAAUUCAGUGGACAUUCAGCCACAAAAAAAAUGAUUAAGUUUAUUCUAACUCUCCUGAGUGCCUUAGGAAUGUGGAAACCUCGAGAUUGGCAUGGAAUCAAAGCUUUUCUAUAUUACAUCUAUCAAUUUACAGUAUUUUUUUGCAAUUUUUUAUUCAUUAUUUCUUCGAUUCUGAUCAUCGAGUUAAAAGACAUUAACGUGGAAGAGCUAAUCGAUAACAUGUCAUUACUUUUGGCUAUAAUAAACGCUAGGCAAAAAAUGUCCCUCAUAAUUUUUGAACGUCGCUCAAUUGAAUAUAUCAGUGACAAAUUAGGAAAAAGCCCUUUUAAGUCUUGUGACAGUAUUGAGAAAGCAAUUUCUACAAAGUUCGACGGCAUAGUCAGGAAUGUUUUCAUAUGUUAUAUGAUCACUAUAGGUGCAAUGUUGGUGUAUUGUGGAUCCCGUUUCACUGAAGUGAGCCCUUUAGAAACUCUGCCAUUCAAUGGAUGGUUUCCCUACAACUAUUCAAGCCCCACAGUUUAUUGGCUGACAGCUGCAUUUCAAGUGAUAGCAAUAAAUAUUACUAAUGGGAUUGAUUUACUGAUGGAUCUUUUGUUAUCCUCUAUACUAUGCAGCAUGUGUGGUCAAAUUCACCUACUGAAACAUAGGUUUAAGGUCAUGCUCGAAGCGCUCAAAGUUAUGACUAGUAAAAACGAUGGUUCCGAUAUGGCAACUACGGAAAAAUUGAUGAUUUCUGAAUGGGUCGAGUACCACAUAGAUCUUGUUGACUUAAUUAAAUAUACUAACACAGUAUUUUCUAAUGUUAUACUUCUACAGUACACAGUGAGUUCUGUUAUUCUGUGCGCCGUGUCAUUUUUAAUGUCUCGGACAGAAAUAAUGUCUAUGACUUUCGCUGGGUUUUUGGGAUACUUAAUUACUUUUAAUACUCAAAUAUUCCAGCAAUGCUAUUGCGCUCACAUGUUGACACACGAGUCUAUUGAAUUAAUCGCGGGGAUUUAUGAAGCAAACUGGCCUAGUUUGAGUAAUAAUACCCGUAAAUCCGUGAUGAUUAUCAUGUACGAAUGCCAUAAGCCCAUCAUGAUCACUAGUAGUUUUUUUGUGAUACUGUCUCUGGAUUCCUACACUAAGAUUGUUAAACUUGCGUAUACUAUAUUUAACGUACUAAUAUAAUUUCUCUGAACGGC